AAGAGGAAGCGUUACAUUUUGUUGUUAAAUGAGAACAUUUAUGACGAACUAAUAGGUUGUUUAAUUCAAUAAAUGACAAGAAACGGCGUUCAAUCUACACAGUAAUUAAAAGGUAACUGUUUUAGGUAUCUAUGCAAAACGUUAGACGUAAAUUAGCACCGCUAAGGUUGUUAGCUUGGCCAACUAUAAACUUUGAAAAGAACAAGACAACGAAAAAGGUUUUUUCUAUGAGACACGUUGGUUCUUACAAGAACAUCUAGUAGGUCGUACCUCGGGUAUGAAUAGAAAACGGGCUCUGGUUUCCGACGCUUUCAAAGCGAAGAAAAGGAGAAAUGACACAGAAAGGUUUGGGGCUGGUGACGAUGGUGGUGAACCAGCUGACAUGAAAUCCACCUUGGAGAACCUCAUGACUCUAUUUCCCAGAAAGCUCUUUAAUGACGCAUUGCCUCCUAUUGUACUGAAGCAUCAGUUGUACAGUGUACACAAUGACAAGACCCUGGUGGAUAAGGAAGUGAAUAAACUCCAGGAGAGUGGGGAGCUGCUGAUGUUCCAGCUCGGGUUUGACUCUGAAGCAUUCGGGCUGGUGUUUGCGUCGGACUACAAGACCAAAGUACUGGCUGGCGAAGAGGGGAAAGCAACACAAGCAACUGUUGAAAAGUUCCUGGAGAAAGUGGUGUCCUCCUGCACAGAUCUGAGCUUCAGCAAAGACAAGAUGCUGAGAGAGUUUCUCUUCACAGACUCUGAGAUAACGCAGCUGGUGAAGUCCGGGGUCCUGACUGUGAGGGAUGCUGGCAGCUGGUGGCUUUCCAUUCCCAAUUCUGGCAAAUUCACAAAGUAUUUUAUUCAAGGACGUAAAGCAGUGCUUGGCAUGGUGAAGAAGUCUAAAUAUAAUGAAGUGUUACGAGUCGAUCUAGAGGAACGACGAACAACCUCACAUGUGAAAUUUCCUAUGAAAUAUCAUGUCCAUGAUAUUGUUGGGGCAGAAUUGGUAGAAAGCAUACCUACAACUUCGGGGACUUUGUUACGAUCUGCAGAUUCCUGAGCUGCUACUGAGCAGCUGGAGAGUUUCUGAAGAUGAGAAAUAUGAAAAACAUCGAAAGGCUGAAACCUUUGGGAUGCCACUAAGUAAAUAAUCUUUUCACUUUAAGAUGUAAAGUUUGUGCCACAUGUAUUAUCAACCCUGUGUGGGUUAAUGAAUUGUACAUUUUAUUGACAUGAGAUUGUUAAAUGUUGGGUAUUCUUGUAAUAAAAAAUUACUGUAGACAUGUCUCUGAGAUGCAAGAUUAAUUCCAAGCUGAAAGAGUUGAAUAACUGGUAUGUGGUGCCAAAUCCAAAUCCAAGACGUUUUAACUGCCUUCAGUUUAAAAAGUCUUAUGAGUUAAAUGACUUCCCUUUAGAAUCAGUCAGUAUGAAAUGUGUGGGUGAAUAAACGGCUGACUUGACAGUUAUUGACGUCCUCCAUGUUAUAAGCCACAUAAGCUUAAGCGUAAUUGUCUAAAAUGUAAAUAUGUGCCAAGGAAUCAAAAAAUAAAAUAACAUUUGUGCAGCAAUGUUUUAAAAAUGCUAAAUAAUCAUCCCAUUAAAAAAAACAAAGGAAAAAAGAAAAGAAAUGAAUCAUUGGUGUCCAAACCUCUAAUCUGCUGGGCCAAAGCUGUACAGCUGAAAGUACUCAGUCACGAAAAUGUGAAAUAUUUUUAGUUUAAAAUUUUGGAAAUAGUGUGUUCCUAUCUUAUCAAAAGCCUAAACUGGCUGUAUUUUAAUAAUAAAAGCAAGUCAGAAUGUUGUAGAAAAUCUGUAAAUCUUUGUAAAGUCAAAACAAAAAUAGCAUCUCACAUAUUUGCCUUGUAAAAGGAAACCAGUUUAAAGGCAUUUUAUUUUAUUUGUAAUUUCUUUGCUCUAGAAGAGUUUGUUAUUUUUAGAAACAAAAUAUGGAAUAUGUUGGUUAAUAGUUAUAAUUGUUUAAGGUAAAAAAAAAAAAAAAAAAAAAGAGUUAGCAAUUCAGACAGAUGUUCUAACUUAUAUUGUCAAAUAAUUACUCAACACUAAUUUAAAGCACAAGAGUGGUAAACAAUGGAUGUUUACAACAGAGGAAGUGUUUUUACAGGAAUUUAUUGGCUUUUUCAAAAAGUGACAAUAGUUUUUAAUCCUCAAAACUAAAGAGAGUCACAACAUUGGCUUGGAUAAAAGCACAGCUUGAUUUCUGAAUACCGAUGAGCAACGUGUACUUAACCCCUGAUCUAGUAGUUCAAAUACAUUUUGUAAAUAGGCAAAAAAUAUAUAUAACUGUAGCAAUUCUAAUCUUAGUUUUCAGUAUAUGAUGCACAGACAUGCUAUCAGCAUUAAUUACAAAAAGCUAGGCUUGAAGGGAGAUUAAGGUAGCGUUAACCGUAGAGGUAAUAAAAAAAAAAAGAUAUUCAUAGUGUUAGUUAAACAA